AUGCUGAAUGGCGCGCAACAACGAGCGACGGGCAGUGGCGGUAUUACUGGUAGCUCGCGGAGGGACGCGAACGUGGAGGGGGAGGAGGCGGUGAUGUUGGCGUUCUGUUUGAAACUGUUUCUAGUCAUCACUUCUGCGCGGACGACUAUCAUCGAACCGUGCAUUCCUGAUCACGUCGAAAACUCAUUCGAGACGGAAAGCGCGAUCCCAGCGCGCCUUGACAGGCAGAGGUCGGAAUCCUCGGGUCUACUCCCUCUGUCCACUACGAUGUCGGAGAAGAUUCUCAACCCCGAACGCCUCAUACCCACUAGCACACACGAGCUUUGCAUCGAGACGUUCCUCGUCUUCCCCCCCGAGUUAACGCGCUCCGAAUCUAUCUGCAAAAUACUGGAGGACCCAUUACUCUCAACGAUCUUUAUGCAAACCCGUCUCGACUAUACGAAGAGAUGUAUUCUCGUCGAGGAGCACAUACUCACAUUUGAACCCACUAAAACCGCCACCCCCGCCCACGACCAAACCGCGCGCUCCGGACCCUCGCUGUUCGGCCCGCCCAUCAAAGCAUCUCAUAAGGAGCAAGGAGCGGCGUUCUUUCGCGGAAUAUGCUACUAUCUCGACUCCUUACCCGCUGCCCGUCUCUGCCAACGUUUGAAGCAAUAUUGCGGUAAUCUGAAUGUCAAUAUCCUUGUUAGCGUAAGGGAUGGGACUCGCGAGGACGUGUUGGGGUUUGAUGACGACGUACUAGACCCGAGACAUCCACGCGAGUCCUACCUCGGCUAUUCUCCGCCCAUGACUUUCUGGCAGCCUCGGGGGACCUAUGCCCUCUCCAGCCGGUAUCUCCAAGACCCGAUGAAGCUAUACAAGCAGAUACACCGUCUUCUCUUCUCCAUGGUCCACGAGCUCAAUCCCAAGCCCCCGGCUCAUCUCUCCAUCGGCUUCUGGAUGUGGCCCCUCCCUCGACCUCGACCACGCUGCAUCACUAACGCCUCCAACGAGAGCGAUUCUGAAUCAUCGCCAACUCCCGGAGGCGACAGGGGACGGCGACCGUCGCGUCGUAGAUUACCCUUCCUCCGGCGCUCGAGGUCGUUGCGGAGCCUGAGGGAGUUUAAGUCCACUCCGUCGCCUCCUCCUUCCGCUCCUUCAACUGAUAAUGAGGAGAGAUCGUCCACGACUCGGAAGGAGAAGGACGGGGCAAUCGGACGAUAUGGACUUGAAGUGCUUAGGGGGUCAAAUAAGGGGACGCGGUACCUUCGGCAGGCCUUAGAAGUCAGGUCUCUGUGGGCAGGCGCUUCUACGGCCGACUCUACUACCGUGCUACAACAUGAUGAGCCGAAUGAGCUGAGCGGACGAGGGGGAACCGAUGAAUCUGACGGAGGUGAAUCGGAUGGCACCGACGAACCUCUAUUGGCUUCUCCCACGGAGCAAGACAAGUCUCUCCGAAGGAGCAUGAUAUUCGACAUCCGCCGCUCUUCAUUGGACUCGGCGGUAUCGAUGAUACUUCAAUUCCACCAGGAAUUCUCAAAACGACGUUCAGAUAACUCCUUCACAUCAACAGCGAUGGCAUCGUCUGUCUACACUCGCCCCUCUUACGAAUAUAAUCAUACUCGCUCGCCCAGCAUCGCUGAGGUUCUUAACGAAGAUAUCUACGACUCUGAAGACCCCCGCCAACCCGAUAUCAAGCACGGCUAUACCCCAUUUACUCUCGGAUACCCUGAUCCCUCGUCGACGUCCGGAGCGGAAGAGACUGCAAGCAGGCCUCCGUCUCCCUACCGACCCUCGUCCUCUUCUUCUACGACUACGGCGACUUAUGUUACAGCUAAGUCUCGCAUCUCUGGUUCUAUAACUGUACCAGACCAUACAUCCAUUAAUUCCUCCCUGCCAUUCUCCGCACUCUCGGGGAAGGAUACCAUGAUUUCCAGGGACGUCCACAAUGAUACCACAGUACCGAUACCUCCCAUGACCCCCACGCCCGCUGAUAUCACUCCUACCGAUAUCACCCCUACCAGUACCUCGCACCACGCAGGUAUCCUCACUGAUCAAAAUCGCCAAAAUUACCUGUACCACCCCGAUAGUAAUCACCUUAAUCCUGCCAUCUACAAUAUCAACUUUAUAUUCCAAGGGGACACGUUCAGCGCUCCAAUAUACGGCGGGGUCGUUGGCGGUCGCAGCAAUAAUAAUCUUCACAGCGCAGCCCUCCAAGCAUCGACUCUGGAGACCCGGAUGGGUUCCAGAUCCGAGGCAGUACGUGGCCAGAUUGAGGCAAUUCUUGCCCAAAUUCGCAACCACGAGCCUACCGUCCACAGGCAGCACCCUACAGCAUCUCAACCUCAGUCUCAGGCCUGA